AUGUUCAGCGAUGGUUCGGAGUUAGGCUACGGCGCAUGCGCAUACCUACGUAUGGUGGAUGAAGAUGACAGAGUGAUGUGCUCCUUAGUCCUCGGUAAAUCUCGCCUUGCACCAAUGAAACAGAUUUCUAUACCUAGCCUAGAACUGUCUGGAGCUGUAGUCGCAUGCCGCAUGUAUGCAAUGGUAUCAGAAGACCUCGACAUGAAAAUCGACCAAGCCGUGUUCUUGACUGAUUCUACAAUACUGCUGGGAUAUAUCAAUAACGCAUCACGACGUUUCAAAACGUUUGUAGGUAACAGACUCAGUGUCAUUCAUGAAACUACGUCGCCUGACCAAUGGCGCCAUGUUGAUUCCGGUUCGAAUCCUGCCGACAUUGCGUCUAGAGGUAUCGACCCAAGUUAUACACAAAGACUACAAACAUGGCUUAAGGGUCCUAAAUUCCUUCUUCAAGAUCCAACUGCUUUGCCUGCCCAUAGCCAUGUGCCGGAAGAAGCAGAUGAUGACACGGAAGUAAAGAAGGAAGCUGUGUAA